CGAAAAGUUUCCUCUUGCUUGCAAAUGUGUGUGUUUCCACUCAUUCCUCUUUCAUGAUCUUAAAGGCUGAUAUAGUUCUCACGAACUCCUUUAGAGAGCUCAAUUUGUUUUUAUUUUUUUUUCAUGUUAGAAGAUUUCCUUUGGAUAUGAAGCUCUUUAGAGUUAGAAAAACUCCCACCGUUGAUUUUGUUUACAGAAGUCUUAAUCCUAGUCCAAUUAGAAUUUCCAUUAUUAUUAUUUUUUCCUUAUUGGUUUUGGACUAUUUUUUUUUCUUAUAUAUAAAUAAGGUUUGAAGCUUGUUUGUGAACUACAUCCAAGCGUUACAAUUUGGAGGGUUUUUGGGUUUAUCGGUUUAUCCUAGGGAAGAGAAGAGUUUGACUUUGGGGCUUGUGUUCUGUUUUGUUUUCUACUAUCUUGAUAAAGAUUUUGGGUUUUGAAUUUGGUUCUUUACCCUAACAAUUUCCAGAGGUCAUUAGCUAUGGAAGAAGAUAACCAAGAAAUACAACGUGACAAUGUCGGAUCUUCAUCUUUCUUUAAAACAUGUUUCAACGCACUCAAUGCUCUUUCAGGAAUUGGAAUAUUAUCGGUACCAUAUUCACUUGCUCGUGGAGGAUGGUUGAGUCUUUCACUUUUGUUACUCCUAGCCGUAACCGCCUUCUACACAUCCUUACUCAUUACAAAAUGUAUGAAUGCGGACCGCAACAUCAAAACAUAUCCCGACAUAGGAGAACGCGCAUUUGGUAGACCGGGAAGAAUCAUUGUGUCAGUCUUCAUGCACCUAGAGCUCUAUCUAGUCACCACGGGUUUCUUGAUCCUCGAGGGCGACAAUCUUCACAAUCUUUUCCCGGGUUUUACCAUCGAAAUGAUCGGAUUGAGAUUGAAUGGCAAACAAGCUUUCAUGGCGACCGUCGCCUUUGUCAUUAUGCCAACUCUAUGGUGGGAUAAUCUCAGCGUCUUGUCGUAUGUUUCUAUGAGUGGCGUUUUAGCUACGACUGUGACGCUUGGAUCAAUAUCUUGGAUUGGCGCAUUUGAUGGGAUUGGGUUUCAUCAAAAAGGAAAGUUGAUAAAUUGGAGUGGGAUCCCUACUGCUUUGAGCUUAUAUGCUUUUUGCUAUGGUGCGCAUCCAGUUUUGCCCACUUUGUAUUCUUCUAUGAAAAGCAAACAUCAGUUCAACAAUGUCCUACUAAUAUGUUUUAUAUUAUGCACCAUAGGAUACACAUCAAUGGCAGUUUUGGGCUACUUAAUGUAUGGAUCACAAACAUUAUCACAAAUAACACUGAAUCUUCCAAUUCAUAAGACGAGUUCGAAGGUGGCAAUAUACACAACUCUCGUAAACCCGGUAGCCAAAUACGCACUGAUGAUCACACCAACCGUGAACACUAUAAAAGAUUGGUUUCCUUCACGGUACUCCAAAAAGGCAUACUUACAUCUCUUGAUAAGCACAUUUUUCAUCAUAAGUAGUGUCGUGAUCGCCGAGACACUUCCCUUUUUUGGUUAUAUGAUGUCGCUGGUUGGAGCAUUAUUGAGCGUUACGGUUUCUAUACUUCUGCCUUGUUUAUGUUACUUGAAGAUCUUUGGAAACUACAAGAAAAUUGGGUGUGAGACUAUAAUGUUGUUUGGAAUGGUAGUGAUGAGUGUUUUUGUUGGGGUAAUAGGUACUUACAUUGCACUUCGAGAUAUAAUUGGUAGUGUAUAAAUGUUUUGAGAAUUAUGAGGGUUGUGUUGUCCUAAAUGAAGUUUUUUUAAUACCCCAAAAAGUGUUAACUUCAAUUCAUAAAAGUUCUUCCUUUUAGGUACUUACAUUGCAAUUUCUAGCUCUAUCGAAGUGUUGGAAACAUUUGAGUGGUUGGUUUUUUAUUUCCAUCAAAAUCUUUCUUAUUUCAGUCUUGCG